CCACUCUACCCACAGUAACGCCUGCCGCCGGUCCGCCGUAGACGCUGCUACUACUAACCCAAUGGCCCUUAACACCACAACUGUCAAUAAUUCCCUGAUUUUGUCUUUUCCUCACUGUUUUAAAUGGGACCCACCAGACCACGGGGACACCGAUUCGCCCGCACCACAGACGCUCACACUCAGCGGGUGGGGAGCGAUGGGUAGAUCACAAACCACUCUCUAAUUUGGAUUUAGACACGGUCAUGCAGCCAAUCAUACCCAAUGCGAUCAAGGUGUCAGCGGCCAGCGAGAAAGCUCUGUCUAAAUGCCACAAGUAUGUUCUCACGCAUCAGGAGCUUGCCUCCGAUGGGGAGAUUCAGACCAAACUGAUCAAGGGAGAUGUGUUCAGAACGAGAGMUGGAGGACAAGCCGUGCAGUUCACAGACAUCGAAACGCUUAGACAGGAAUGCCCAACUGCUUCAAGUCGUAAGAGGAGGUCAUCGGAAGACGGGCCAGGCCAACAUGAUGGGAACAAGAUGGACUGGAACGACAGAGAGAACAGGGCACCAGUGGCAAGCACAAGCUCAGGUCUUGGUCUCCAGAAUAGCUAUCAGAAACGCAGGAAGUAGGAACUGGACAGAUCAUCUUUUCUAUGUUGGAAUCGUCUUGUGUAUUGGACUAGUGAACUAACCACCACUUUAAAC